AGCCCUGAUUGGGGGAUGUGCUGCUCUUUGAAAAGAGGGCUGGCCACUCAGCAAAACGCGAACACCAACCAGUCAGGUAAAACGAAACAGCCUCCGCUGGCGAGCUGCUGUAACACGCACGGACUCAGUUUAAGAAGCAGGGAGACAACUGUAUUUCUCUUAAAGGAAUUUUGGAGGCUUUUUUACCUUUUUUAUUAUUCCGAAGUAGAGCGGCGGCAGCUUUUCUACUCCGCAUCGAGUGGCCACGUUGGAUCCAACAGAUCCAGGAUGGAUGAGACGGAAAAGUACCAACAGAGACUGCAAGCUAUCGCUGAGAAGCGUCGUGUACAGGAGGAACAGGAGAGGGCUAAGCGGGAGAUGGAGAACGAGAGGCUGAAGCUACAGCAGCUCAAGAGGAAGUCUCUGAGGGACCAGUGGCUGAUGGACGGGCCUGCAUCCCCCUCAUCCCCUGGGCCCCGUUCCCCACUGUGGGGCUCCCAGGCCCAGGACAUAGAGCAGCAUAUUGACCAGUUGCAAACAAAGAGUCAUCGGUUGGCCGAGAAGGAGGAGAAACUGGAGCAGCAGAUGGAGAGUGGCCAAGCUCACGCGGCGGUGGGGGUAGAUGCUACAGCAGAAAAGGUCCAAGCAGGUGUCUUGGAGAACGGUCAGAGGCUGGAGGAGGUUGUGCCUGGUCUAGAAAACUCUAAGACACCACUAUUUGAAGAAGCUGAGAUUCGUGCUGAUAAGGGAGAACAGGGGGAGGGGAAAGUGACAACCCGCAAUGCAUCAGAGGAGGACAGACUGUCGAACGGUCCCUUAGCGGUCGCUCCUGGUGACAGUGCCGUUACUAUGACGUUCAUGGGGUUUGCGGAUGCAGGGCCUUAUAAGAAUCCCAUGACGGCGAAGGAUGACGAUGAUGGAGGAGCGAUUGUAAUGCGUGCAGAGCGAGUGAUCAUCACAGACGAGGGGGAGGAGCCAGCCAAAGAAGGGCUUUCUGACGCAACCUUUCACAGGUCCGAAUCUCCCAUGGAAGGAAAAGGCGAGGGCGCGAUACCAGAAGCAUCCUCCGAAGUAGCAAGUGAGGCUGAGGGGAAAGUGGCUGUUCAUACCGACACAGACGUGGUUGAAGAAGAAGGAGAAGGUGUUGAAGAAGGAGAAGGAGUUGGAGAAGGAGUUGGAGAAGGAGUUGAAGAAGGAGUUGAAGAAGGAGAAGGAGAAGUAGAAGGAGCAGAAGGAGAAGUAGAAGUAGAAGGAGCAGAAGGAGAAGUAGAAGGAGUAGAAGGAGCAGAAGUAGAAGUAGAAGGAGCAGAAGUAGAAGUAGAAGGAGCAGAAGUAGAAGUAGAAGGAGCAGAAGUAGAAGUAGAAGGAGCAGGAGAAGGACAUGCAGGCAAUGCAGAGGGAGGAGGAGAUAAGGAGGGUGAGACCAACGGUGGUGAGGAGCUAGAGCCCCGACUGGCAGAGGGAGCUCCUGUGUCUGACCUGCCGUCCCCAGCUGGCGCCUUAGAUGGCGCUGUGGCAGCCGUCCUUACCCACACCGAGCCCCCACUCCCCCGGCCAGACGCAGAGGGGGAGGCCAGUGAUCAGCCUGCUGAGGGCACGGGGGAGGUGGAAGUCACGGGGGAGGUGGAAGUCACGGGGGAGGUGGGGCUCUCGGCGGCCCCAGAAACAGCCUCCAUUCCUGGGGAGCAGUUCGAGGAGGUUUCUCUAGCGGAGCCCCUGCUCGUCCCCAACAAAGCCCAGGCCCUGGCGGAGCAGGGCCAAGCUGCCACAGAGCCUCUCACCCCCACCCGGGGAGAGACGGAGGGAGGGGUUGGGCUGCCUCCCAAACGCAAGACCUGCCAGUGCUGCUCCGUCAUGUGA